CACGGUGAAUGGCUGCCCGUAGAGAGCAAUAGUCUGAUUCCUCCAUUGAAACACUUUCCAGCAGAUCGCAAGCGAGGGGAAUAUUUGAGGGCUGAGCAGCUUUUAGCUCUUUGGUCGCCGCAUCAAGUUUGGAAACCAGGCAAUUGGGGAAUUAUUUCUCAUUUUUCUGCCCCCCGGGGCCCGUGCCAAACCGGAGCUCGUGUCCAGCUGGGCAGCGGUGCGGGCACACACACUCACCGGGUACCGCAGCCCUGCCGCGGCCGCCCACAUCACAGAAACACCGGCGCCCGACUUUAACGACUCUGUAGUACUGGGCUUUACGAUAUGGCUCAGAUGCUACAGAUGGCGAUUCCCAACUUUGGCAACAAUGUCUUGGAGUGUCUUAAUGAGCAGAGACUUCAGGGACUGUACUGUGAUGUGUCAGUGGUGGUGAAGGGUCACGCAUUUAAAGCCCACCGGGCAGUGCUGGCUGCCAGCAGCUCCUACUUUCGAGAUUUGUUCAACUCUGGAAGUAAGAGCUCUGUCGUGGAGUUACCACCGGCGGUCCAGCCUCAGAGCUUCCAGCAGAUCCUUUCCUUCUGUUACACUGGCCGACUUAGCAUGAACUUGGGCGAUCAGUUUCUCUUAAUGUACACAGCAGGAUUCCUGCAGAUUCAGCAGAUUAUGGAAAAAGGCACAGAGUUCUUCUUAAAGGUCAGCUCACCAAGUUGUGACUCACAGGGUCUUCACACAGAAGAAACACCACCCUCAGAACCCCAGAGCCCCGUUACUCAAACUGGGAGUGGUACAGUAGGAGGGUGUGCGGUUGCCACUGCAACGGCUCGACCUGCUUCCUGCCUAACGCCCCUUCCUUUGGUGUCAAGGGUGAAGACAGAGCAGCAACCUCAAGCCCAGCAGUCCCAACAAGAAGCAUCAUCAUAUUCAGUGGUUUGCACUCCAGUUGCUAAGCGUCUUUGGGAGGGAGGUAGCCGUGAAGGAGGUGGAGGAUCAGGAGGAGGGGGAGGUAUGAGGAAAGCAGCCCGCUAUUCACAGGAAGUGGCACGGGGCAUGGGAGGGGCACCGCCUCAAAGUGCAGCCUUAUUGGGUGGAAGCGGUACCACUAAUAGCAACAACAACAGCAACAACAAUAAUAACAACAGCAGUAACAUGCCAGAAGGCACCAGCCCAGGCACCCCCAGCAUGUACACCAGUGACUCGCCAAUCUCUUACCACGAUGAUGAUGAAGAAGAGGAAAUCACAUACGAAACAACUGAAGAACAGUACAGACAGAUCUGUAAUAUGUACACUAUGUACAGCAUGUUGAAUGUAGGGGCAACAGCCAGCGAACGAGUGGAGUCACUACCAGACCACCUCACAGUUGAAUCAAGGGGAAGAGGAGUUCGAGUGAGGCAAGAUCUGGCCUCUCUUCCCACUGAGCUCAUUGCACAGAUCGGAAACCGCUGUCAUCCUAAACUCUAUGAAGAAGGUGACCCUGCUGAGAAACUGGAGCUAGUAACAGGCACCAGUGUUUUUAUUUCACGUGCUCAGCUGAUGAACUGCCACGUUAGUGCAGGCACACGCCACAAAGUGUUGCUCAGGCGGCUCCUUGCUGCCUUUUUUGACCGAAGCACUCUUGCAAACAGCUGUGGGACAGGCAUUCGGUCCUCCACAAAUGACCCCAACCGCAAGCCACUCGACAGUCGGGUUCUCCAUGCUGUUAAGUUUUACUGCCAGAACUUUGCUCCUAGUUUCAAAGAGAGCGAAAUGAACGCGAUCGCUGCAGACAUGUGCACUAAUGCACGCCGCGUAGUACGCAAGAGCUGGAUUCCGAAACUGAAGAUCCUGAUGGCAGAAAGUGACGCUUAUGCCAACUUUCUUCCGGAUGCUUCCAAAUUGGAGUCUGAUGGCUUGGCUGUGGAGCAUGCUUUUGAAACAGGAUCCCUAGAAGGUGGUACAGCCUCUGAAUCUGGCCAGUCAUCUACAGAUGCCCUGCAAGGUGUGAGCGGGGAGGGUAACAGCUUGUUUUAAGACACGCAUGCUAAUGUCUGUGCAUUCAUGUGAGGAGGCUGACAGGAAACCAACCGCAAGUGUGUGCCAGAGGCAUGCUUUUUAUAUGUGUGCAUUUGUUUAUGUGUACAUGCUCAAAUGUAAGUCUGGUUUUUGUGUGCCAAAUGCACGUCUGAGAGAGGGUGCGUGGGUGGUGUUGGUGUAUGACUGUGGAAUAUGUGCAUUGUGUGUGUGUGGAUGGGUGGGUGAGUGGCUGGUAUGUGCGUAUGCAGAGAUCAGAGAGCUCUGUUUGUUUUUGUCUGACUCAGAGAGGGAGACAUACAGUGCAGACGCAAGCAGAGAGGGGAGGGAAUGUAUUGGUGAGGAGAUGGAUGCUCACACACACACACACACACACUUAAACACACAACUGGUGCAGUGAGCCAUUUUCCAAAUGGAGGCAUCAAACGUACGCUUUGACUAAACAAACCAUCAGCUUGCAUUGAAUCUCAUCUGAUUUGGCUUCUUUGGUUUUGUUUCUUCAUUAAAGAGUUAACAUGAAAUCAAAAUUGAUCCAAUUUACUGUCUGAAUACACAUUUCUGUGGUUUUGUGUAUAAAACUUUGCAUAGAUUUUAUACACACAAGAAUCCAUACAAACAGCAGAUUUUGAGUAUAAUUAAAUGGUCUCAGAUUUAUAAAAGCGUAUGUUUGUCAGAACUUGUGAAAAGAAAGUUCACUUUUCCAGCCUCGUCGUCUUUUUGAAAUAACCAUAUGUGGAACUUAUGGAGCUUUUUAUUAUUCAUAACCCUUUUCCGUAUAAUUUACAUAUGCAGAAUUUCAUCCAAA